AAGCCCCAAACCCAAAUCAGAUUGUAGAGGUGUGCUCUAAAGCUGUAAAACUACAUCUGCGUUUACUGAAAAGCUUCUUAAAGGUCGAUAUAAUAAUGCUUAAGAUUGUACUACAAAGAAAGCAAUACUGAGUGCUUAUGAGAAUAAAACAAUAUGGCUACUACUGAGAAUGCAGAGUCAGGCUCGCCAGAGAAUAAAGUGGAUCGGACCGACCUAGAUGCUAAGUACCCACUGAAAGUGCUUUACUGUGGCGUAUGCUCCCUGCCGACAGAGUACUGUGAGUACAUGCCUGAGCCAGCAAAGUGCAGACAGUGGCUUGAGAAAAACUUCCCAGAUGUGUUUGCUAGAAUGACUCUUGACAAUGCACCCAAGCAAGACACAGGAGGUGGUGGAGGUGGUGGAGAAGCGCCCCCCGCUGGAGAAGAAGAGGAGAAGAAAAAGCAGAAAAGAGGUGGUAGAGGUCAGAUCAAACAGAAGAAGAAGACUGUUCCCCAGAAAGUCACGAUAGCAAAAAUCCCACGAGCUAAGAAGAAAUAUGUCACGCGGGUGUGUGGCUUGGCAACGUUUGAUAUAGACCUUAAAGAGGCUCAGAGAUUCUUUGCUCAGAAAUUCUCUUGUGGUGCCUCGGUGACAGCGGAGGAUGAAAUCAUCAUUCAGGGAGACUUUACAGAUGACGUCAUCGAUGUCAUCCAGGAGAAAUGGCCUGAGGUUGAUGAUGACAGCAUUGACGAUCUUGGAGAAGUGAAAAAGUGAAAACCUGAUGUGCACUUUUACCGAAGCAAAUGCUACGUGUCACAAGAACACGGCCAAACUUACGCAUUGAGUCAUUUUAUAUCGGUUUUAUUUACUGUAUAGAACACGUCGGACUUGGACCCCAUCCUUGGCAUUUCUUCAGUUCUAAGUAGCAGUUUCCUCUUUGCCAAAGGUCUGCUGUGAUACGACUCUCAAUAAUACUUCACGCAAGCAAACUUUAGGCUAAUAAAUUUCAAUCUCAUUGGCUUGUU